AUGAGUAGUAAUAAUAAUAUUAAAGCAGUUUCAACUAAUAAAGCUCCAAGUGCAAUUGGACCUUAUUCGCAAGCAAUUAUUGCGAAUGAUUUUGUCUUUGUCUCAGGACAAAUUCCUGUUGUACCAGAAACCGGUAAUAUUAUAAGUGAUGAUAUUAAAGAACAAACGGAUCAAGUACUUAAAAAUUUAUCAAAUGUUUUACAAGCUUCUAAUUCCUCACUUGACAGAUUAGUAAAAACAACAGUAUUUAUUAAAGACAUGAAUGAUUUUGCAAGCGUGAAUGAAAUUUAUUCCAAAUUUUUUACUGAUCAUAAACCUGCUAGGGCUUGUGUGGAAGUUUCGAGAUUACCCAAAGACGUUAAAGUCGAAAUUGAAGGAAUUGCACUUGUUUAA